AUGUCAGGCUUGGCCACCCAAGGCCUCUGCUGCUGCUACUGCUGCUACUGCUGCUUCCUCAACGGCCUCUUGCCCUUUGGUUCCACAGAGCUGCGGUGCAACCCUGGGCAGUUUGCCUGUCGCAGUGGCGCCAUCCAGUGCAUCCCCCUCCCCUGGCAGUGUGACGGCUGGGUGACUUGUGAGGAUGAGAGCGACGAAGCCGAUUGUCCAGAAGUGACUGGAGAGACUCGUCCGUACCAUGGGAAGGAUGCUGUGGAUCCAAGGCAGAGACAGGCCCGGGGGGGCGACCCCCCGCAUUUCCACUCGGUGAAUGUGGCGCAGCCUGUCCGCUUUAGCAGGAAGUGCCCGACAGGGUGGCAUCACUAUGAGGGCACCGCCAGCUGCUACCGGGUCUACCUGAGUGGGGAGAAUUUCUGGGAUGCUGCACAGACCUGCCAGCGUGUGAAUGGCUCCCUCGCCACCUUUUCCACUGACCAGGAGCUGCGUUUUGUCCUGGCGCAGGAGUGGGACCAGCCAGAGCUGAGCUUCACUUGGCAGGACCAAUACAAGUUGUGGGUUGGCUAUCAGUAUGUUGUCACUGGCCGCAACCGCUCCUUAGAAGGUCGCUGGGAGGUAGCAUUCAAAGGUUCUUCAGAGGUGUUCCUGCCCCCAGAUCCCAUCUUUGCCUCGGCCAUGUCUGAAAGCGACAGCAUGUUCUGUGCCCAGCUCCAGUGCUUCCACUUCCCCACUCUCCGCCACCAUGACCUGCACAGCUGGCACGCCGAGAACUGCUAUGAGAAAUCUUCGUUUCUGUGUAAAAGAAGUCAAACAUGUGUGGACAUCAAGGACAAUGUGGUGGAUGAAGGGUUCUACUUCACCCCUAAGGGAGAUGACCCGUGCCUGAGCUGUACCUGCCACGGAGGGGAGCCUGAGAUGUGUGUGGCUGCUCUCUGUGAGCGACCCCAAGGGUGCCAGCAGUAUCGCAAGGACCCCAAGGAAUGCUGCAAGUUCAUGUGCCUGGACCCAGAUGGCAACAGCCUGUUUGACUCCAUGGCCAGUGGAAUGCGUCUGAUUGUUAGCUGCAUCUCCUCUUUCCUCAUCCUGUCGCUGCUCCUUUUCAUGGUCCACCGGCUGCGCCAGAGACGCCGGGAACGCAUUGAAUCCCUGAUCGGAGCGAACUUGCACCACUUCAACCUGGGCCGGAGGAUCCCUGGCUUUGAUUACGGUCCAGAUGGGUUUGGCACAGGCCUCACACCACUACAUCUUUCGGAUGAUGGAGAAGGUGGAACUUUCCACUUCCAUGACCCUCCGCCUCCCUACACUGCUUACAAGUACCCCGAUCUCGACCAGCCUGAUGACCCGCCACCACCCUACGAGGCCUCCAUCAACCCAGACAGCGUGUUCUAUGACCCUGCAGAUGAUGAUGCCUUUGAGCCAGCAGAGGCCAGCCCACCCACUACAGAGGAUGGUGGUGGUGAAGAUGCGUUGCCCCAGCACCUGGAGCAGUCUUUGCCCCCAGGGACAUCCCUGGCAGACCUAGAAGACUCGACUGACAGCAGCAGCGCCCUGCUUGUGCCCCCUGAUCCGGCCCAGAGUGGGAACACCCCAGCCACGGAGGUGCUACCAGGGGGCGGCCGCCAUAGCCGCAGUGCGCUCAACACCAUGGUAUAGAGAUAGCCUGGCCUGCAGCCCCUGUGUGGGGAGCACCUGUCUGCUGUUUACCAGACGCUGAUUCUGCACGGAGACUUAAGGGCCCCUGAAUGAGCCUGGACCCAGCUGCACUGCUGCCCUCCCACCCACAGUGGCAACAAUAGACCCACUCGUCUCGCAAGGGAGUGAACACCUGACGAGGUCUCUUGAGGGCUUCAAAAACAUGUAGUGUGGGUCACUGUCUUUUACUUUUGAAAUGGCAGAGUGGCAGUUUAUUCAGACCAUGCGUUUCAAAAGUAGGGAACAAAGGAGGCGCUGUGGGCUGCUCACUGAAGCACACCCUCUGGAAGAGCCUGCCGACCAGUCACUGAGCCCAGGGCUGCUGGCACGCGGGGCUGCCGUGGUGUGCGUCCCUGGCCGCUGCGAAGCGGGCAGCCACCAGGUGCUGGAGUGUGUAUGCACUGUCAGUAUUUUCUGGGCCAUGGGUCUCUCUCUGGCUGCUCUCGGGAUCGCCCCCAUGGGUCCAGCUGUGAACAUUCAGGAUGACCCUGGGCUGGGGGCUGACUGACUGGUGCAUCUCGGAAGGAGGUUGAACGCUACACUUUGCAGCUGAACUCUGCAAGGCUCAGUUCUGUGCUAGGAGACCUGGCCUCACCCCACCCAUUUUCUUCCCAGCAUUGCUGUGCACGGCUUCCCCAGGAGGCAGCUGGAGUUGGGUUGAAGCCCUCGGCCAGGCCUGAGUGUCCUGGCCCUGGACUGUCUGCUGGGGCUCUGGGGACAGUGUUAUCUCCUGUCUGCUACACUCCACAGCCCACCUCCUAUUGAACUUGACCUGGGCCUAGCCUGCCCCCUCCCCACUUUGUGCCAUAAGGAUUGUUUUUGGGGGGAAGGAGUGACUGAAAUUAACCUCCUGGGCUGUCUCCACCCCUUGUAAGUACACUUCUUGCACACCACCACCACCAUUGGAGCCACUUGCUGGAGGUUGCAUGCCCCUUUCUGGCCUCCCCAGCAGCUUGGGGGUGCUGGAGACCCCGCCCUGGGGCCUUUGAUUGAGGGACCCUGUUGCCUGCUCCUGGGCAGAGGUCUUAUCUCCUGACACAGGGCUUUUAGCAUUUCUGAGGUUUGGAGAUUAAGCGGGUUCUGUGCGAUUUUUAGCACAUUCAUAUCUUUUCUACAUUGAAUGUCUGCAUCUUUUGUGUCUGUGUUUGUACGUACAUGUCCAGUGUUUGCAGGUGAUGGUGGUACACGGGAGCUGGGAGGUGGGAAUCAGCUAUGGGUCUCCACUGUCCUGGAUCACCCAUGGUGUUCUGGGCAGCCCUGAGGCCAGGCCAGGCCUGUGCUUCUGCAGAGCCCUGCAGCCUUUCCAGACCGGAUGCAGUGAGGGGAGAGCUGACUUGGCAUGGGUGUUCUGUGAUGCUUUGUAGUAACAGACCUCAUCCAGUUCUACAUGAGUUCUCACACUCCGGUUGGAAACCCAUUUGUUCUUCCAGUGUGAAGUAAGAGUCUUGAAUUGCCCCAGCAGAUGUGACUUUCAUCCCCAGAGCUGGCCAGAGGUGAGUUUUGUCAUCUAACUGCCUCUGGGCUUAACAGUCAUAAGAGCCAGAGUGCUAAGGGGUGGGAGGGACAUAUGCCUAGCAGGCCCACAUACUCCUUGCUGAGGUGAUACUCCUUUAAUGGCAUCGUGGGCAUGUGUGCUCCACGUUGGCUACUGUAAAGAAAGCAGGAGGCAUGUUGAGCCUCCAGGGUGCAGGGCAGCUGAGGUCUGAAACAACCACUAGAGGCCUUGGUGCCAAGGGCAGAGUCCCAAGUGUGCCUGCUUUGGAGUGUCCACCCUGCUGGAACCUAGAGGGGCCUGCCCUUAACAGCUCAGGGUCCCUCCUAGCUCCCUUUUCUCAGCCCCAGGCUUCAGAACUGCAAGGAUAGGGCAGCUGGCACCAAAUGUGUGGGAUGGAGGUAAAUGCCUUGGGCACUGAAAGACUCCUGGGACCAGCGAGGUGUGUGGAGGGCACUGAGGAAGGUGUGACCUGAAGCAGACCAUGGGGGCUACCGAGGGUGGCGCUGCUUCUGGACCCCGCCAGGGGUCUGUCCAAGCGCUCUCAGCAGACACUCUCUGCUGGGAGAAGUCCUGUGUGCAGCGUUGUUCCACACCCUUACUCACUACUCGGGACCUGAGUGCUGCUGGAGGGUGACUGUGACAGGAAAACGGGUCUGGCCAGCUGUCCUCUGCCUCCUGUUCAGACAUCCUCUUUAUAAAAUCUGAUUGUGCUCCAUGGUCUGAUGAGAAGUCCAAAGGCCAACCCUGGCUGAGCCUUGAGUCCUUGUGAAGACUGGGCCCUGCGCACGCCAUGCACAUUGGGCCCCAGACCUGCCUGGGGGGAGUAGAUACUGUACAUUGUCUCAAUGCCUGUUUGUUAUGUUUUCACUAAGGGUUUUUAGUUUGGGUUUAUUUUGGUUGGGUUGGCACUAAUCUUUCUUAAGAUGCUGUGAGAACCAUUUCAUCCAAAUGCCAAAUAAAUUUGUGUUCUGGAA